GCUUUUCUUAUAUUAAUUUUCUUUCUUUUUAUCUUUUCAAAUGUAUGGACUCCUGUAUAGUAUUGUGCUGCUAGAGGAAAGAAAUGGAAAAUACGAUUGCAGAGGAGAAGAUGAUUCUUAUCGCUAAGGACAAGGACCGAAAAAAGGGUGGCCUAAGGACCAUGCCCUUCUUCAUAGUUAAUAUGGCGUUUGAGAGGGUGGCUAGCUAUGGGCUGAUGCCAAAUAUGAUGUUCUACCUGAUGAAUAACUAUCGCUUGGAGACUGAAAAUGGGUCGACCAUUCUCUUCUUAUGGUCCGCUAUGUCUAAUGGGUUGUCCAUCUUCGGAGCUUUCCUCUCCGAUUCAUUCAUGGGACGGUAUCUGGUGAUCUCUUUGGGAUCAUUCUGCAGCCUUCUUGGGAUGAUUCUUCUUUGGUUAACCGCCAUGAUACCACAACUACAACCUCCACCUUGUGACCGAUUCACCGAUACGUGCAGCUCAGCUACAGCGGACCGAAUGGCUGUCUUAUUCUUCUCUUUCGGCCUUAUAUCCAUUGGAGCUGGUUGCAUUAGGCCUUGCUCUAUUGCCUUUAGCGCAGACCAAUUACACAACGAAGAGAACCCCAACAAUGAGAGUGUCUUGCAGAGUUUCUUUAAUUGGUAUUAUGCUGCAAAAGGAUUAUCAACAAUUAUAGCAUUUACUGUUAUUGUCUACAUUCAAGAUAACCUCAGUUGGAAAGUUGGGUUUGCCGUUCCUGCAAUUCUCAUGUUCCUCUCUGCUUUAAUGUUUCUGGUGGGUUCUUCCCAAUACGUCAAAGUGAAGGCCUCCUCGAGCUUAUUUACAGGUUUUGUUCAAGUUGUGGUUCAGGAACAGAAAGCUCAAUCUAUCUCACAGUAGUAUUGAACGGUAUUACCACAGUGAUGACUCUGAGUUCCAUUCCAGGUCCCUACUGAUAAUUUAAGGUACACCAGUGUUAACACAAUGAUGACUCGAAGUUUUGCUUCGAUGCUUGACUAUGCAAAUCAUCUCUCCUUAACAUUUCUCAGCACUUUGUGCAGGUGUCUGAACCGAGCUUGUAUCAUAAUAGAUCCCGAUAGGGAUGUAAAUCUUGAUGGGUCAGCUUCAAAUCCAUGGCGGCUAUGCACAGUUGAUCAGGUAGAGUCACUGAAAGCUCUGCUUAGAGUCAUCCCCAUUUGGACUACAGGCAUCAUGAUGCAUAUCAACUUGAACCAAAACUCAUUUGCCACGCUCCAAGCAAACACCAUGGACAGGAACAUCUUGAAUUUUGAACUUCCAGCAGGAUCCCUCAAUGUGUUUCUGGUUCUCACUCUCACAAUCUGGCUAACCUUUUAUGACCGAAUUCAGUUGCCAUUGUUAGCAAGAUUCACCGGCAGGCCACGUGGCGGGCUUAGUCCUAAAGCGAGGACAGGAAUUGGUUUGCUAGUGCCAGUUGCAGCAAGGGCAAUGACAGCAGUAGUAGAAACCAUAAGAAGGAAAACUGCUAUUGAGGAAUGACUAGAAGACGAACCUGACGGUGUGGUGAACAUGUCAGUAGUGUGGCUUUUGCCACCAAUAAUCCUACUUGGAUUGGCUGAAGCUUUUAAUUCAAUUGGACAGAUAGAAUCCUACUACUCUCAGUUCCCUAAAAGCAUGUCUACCAUUGCGGUGGCUCUUUUUCACUUUCGGUACCGCGGUGGCUGAUCUGAUAGGGAGAGGUUUGGUGGAUGUUGUGGACAGGGUUACAUCCACAGGAGGGAAGGAGAGCUGGUUGCCAAGUAAUCUUAACAAGGGUCGGUUAGAUGAUUAUUACUGGCUGAUCAGUCUCGAGUAUAAUUAAUUUUCUGUAUUAUCUUGUAUGUUUUUGGGUUUAUGUACCUGCUGAGGACAAGGGGCGCCU